ACAGACCAAAUGUUUUGAAAGCUAGGUUGAUUGUAAAGUCAUUUUGUGGUAAUAUUUUGGUAAUACUUCGAGAAUACGAAAGGAUGAAUGUUAGGGAAGAGUUCCUUAGUGCUUUGGAAGAGGAAGAACCACAAUCCUUUCUGAAUUACAUUGAAAAACACAACUCCAAAAAUGAUCCAUUUGAAAUAACAGAAGUGUUACAGACUUUGUCAAAGAAGCAACAUGAGAAAUUAUGGGAUGAGAUAAAGAGGUUGUGUAAUGAUGCUAUACUCAAGGCAGCACCAAGCAUAGAAGACGAGGARGAAGAGGAGAGCAAUGAGAAAAUGUCAAGUUUACUGGUAUGCUUGCAAGGUGUCACUACAGUUGGGCUUUGUGCAAUAACACUGGAUAAACCUUACAUUCCUGCUUCACUUCUGGAGACAGCUGUAGUUCUUCACGGCGUUAUGAUGAAUAUACCAGAUGAAACACAGAAAGUUCAAAAUGGAAUUGCACAACUCUGUGAUACAUGGUUCAUAAAUGGAUUAGAAGGAAAAGAAGAACUUGUCACAAACACACUUCCCUUCCUUGUGAUCAGAACUCUUGCAAAAGGCACUAUUGGUGAUGUGAAAAGGAUUUGGGGUUUAAGACAUAGCUUGUUAUUAAUGGAUUUGGAAGAUGACAGUGCUGAACCAUUAAAGCAGCUACUUCAGCAGUCCAUGAUCCAUCCYACUUUUCUCCGUGCCGAAGAAGGUCGUCGAUUUUUGAGCUUUCUUUUUGGAAUGCAUCCUGAAUUCUCCAAAGAGCUCCACAAAACCAUCAAGAACCAGAUCCCUAACUGUUCAAUUGGAACUCUCAGUUUAUAUGGAGAGAUAUACUUCAGGGCAUGGCGCGUUGCAUCUGGGCCAUACUUGGAGGUUCUAGAAAAAGAUUGCUUUCAAGAUCUUAUGUAUGCAGCUGUUCAUGCGCAGCGUACUGGAGUUCAACCAAUGUCGUCAAGACUUCGAAAAGUUCUGAGUUAUGUGCACCAACAGAAGAAGCAACAAGGUGUUGAUGAAAUGCUUAUAAGGCUUUAUCAACCUAUUUUAUGGAGGGCAUUUAAGGUUGCGAAUCCAAUGGUUCGGGCAAAUGCUUCUGCAUUGUUAAUUGAUGCAUUCCCUUUACAAAACCCUGAGGCAAGCAAUGAACAGGCUGACGAACUUCUUCAAAAGCAGUUUGAUAUCCUGCAGGGWUUAUUUGAGGAUCCGUCCCCUAUUGUCAGAGCCACUGGGGUUCAUGGAGUCUGCCGUAUCACUGGGGUAUUCUGGGAAUUGAUACCAGUCCACRCAAUUAAAGCUCUUCUKAACAAAUUGAUUUCUGAGGUUGCUUUUGAUUCUUCUUCAAGUACAGUUCGAGUAGCAGUAUUUCAGGGACUCAAAUUUCUUCUUGAAAAUCACCUUAGCCAUCCAUUACUUAAAACACUCCUUGGAAACUUGCGUGAUCUAAUUCAUGAUGUAUCCGAGAAAGUGAGAUCAGCUUUUCUAGAUCUCCUCCUUCURGUAAAAGGAAUCAAAGCAAUCAAGUUCUGGACCAUUGUGCCAUUGGAGCAUUUACUUGCUUGCCUUGAGGUGGAGACUUCAGCUACUGUGCUGCGAAAACUUGUUAAACUUCUUAUGAAUUCGUUUCACCCAUUAAACAAAGAAGCUGAUGUUCAGAUCACAAGGUGCGCAGCUUUAUGGGAAGCAAAUCCUGUUGCUGCACGCAAGUUUUAUCAGUAUGCUCAUCUUCAUGCUGCAGUGYCAGCAACUGGGAAAUUUAUCCUAUUACUCUGYCGGUGUCUAGUUCAGUGGGCCAAAAACAUAGCUCCAGAUACAUCUUUUGAGAGCUUUUUAUUGGAUGAUACAUGUACAUUAAACCCAUCAGUUCUAGAUCCAAGUGAGAACAAGGAGAAUGAGACCAUUGARGAAGUAGGUGAAGCUGUCCUUACUUUACCUGACAUAGAUACCAUCUCUGGUAUUCUUGAAACCAUCGCCAUUUCCUGGUCAGGAAUCAAGGAUCAGUUAGAAAAGACAUCUAAUGAAAGCAUCAAAUCCAAACUUAUACAACAUUUCAAGAAGAUUUUACCAAAGCUUCUAACAGCAACUGAGGAUGCCAGAGCAAGAGCUGCCAUCAUUGUUAUUUCUGCUCAUCUUCCUGCUGACUGUUUGCCAACAUUCAGCAAGAGGUGUUUAUCAGCAUUAUMCUCAUUAMAUGAUGGUGCAAACUCACAAGACUUUGGWCCUAUGCUGGACUGCCUUUGUUCUUGGGGACAAGGUGAAAAAGUCCUCGACAUGAUUGAUUCUUGCUUACGGAACAGCUUUGGUGAUCAGUCACAAGCUAAGCAAACUGGAUCAAAGUCCGAUAAACUUCUGCCAUUAACUGCUAUUGAGUUUCUCUUCUGGAUUCUGUACCAACCACCCUGUCGUGAGGCUGUGAUGAACAAUCAACAAAAACUACAAAGCAUUGCAAGUAAAUUGAAGAAUGUCAUGACACUUGUUGAGUCCAUGGCUGUGAUGGCCACCAAUAAAAGGCUAAAAAAUCAAACKGAAGCCAAAGAAUUGUAUCCAAAAGCUUUGAGGUUGUUCUGUCAUCUGCAAAUGCAUCUUGACAACAAGAGCUUCAAGGCUUCAGACGAAAUGACUGAAUUACUCCUUUGGGCCAAGAAUAUUUUGUUACCAAGACUAGAUAUCUAUAAAAGUGACGAUUCUGAAACUUCUGAAAAUGGGAAAAGAGUGAGAGAAGAGACAGCAGACCAAAAUUGCACUCAAGACAUUUUAGAGGUUAUUUUGUCUUGUAGCAGCGAGCUUCUAAAACUUGGGAUGGCCAAUGAACAGUUUUGUGCUCAAGCUACUUCUGUAACUAAAUCGAUAACCCAAUUAGGUGCUGUGGGCCUCCAAUUCUUACCACAACUUUCUCAACUAAUGUAUCAGAUGACGCAAAGAAUGCUCUUUCAGGAUGUUGAAGAAUGUGGAGAAACUAUAACAGAUUAYACACAAGUUAUGCUCACUGAUAUUUUAAGAGCAAUUUCAAGCAAUGGCAAUGAGGAUAACUUAACACAGGUUCUUCUUAAUAUCAAAUCUCCACUUGCUGAAGUACUAAAAGCUUAUGAAUGCAAGAAGCAAACUGUUCUCUCCUUAAUCACUGAAAAGCCUCAAAUUAUGGCAUYAACUAUGGCUGCCUGUCUUGCUGAACUUACAACAAAAACUUUGGAUUUCACUGAUAUGCCAACCACCUCAGACCUUCCUCAACUAUCAGCUUUUAUUCUUGGGAUUUUAACCAAGUCUAAAGUUCUUUUAAGGUCAUUUGURGAGGAAUUGGAGCAGUGCGUCAUUUCUGGUGCUGUGGAAGAUAAGCAGCUGCUUUCUUCUGCGCAAUUGAUGCUAUCUGCAAUUGUCAAUGUUAACUCCAAAGUGGACAACCUCAAGUCUUGUGGACUACAAAUAUUUCAACAGCUAGAGCAACAACAAAUUGAUGCCAAUGAUUCGUAUGCUGAACUAAAUAUGGAACAAGUCAAGAAAUUAUCCAAGAAAACAUUGGAGGAGUUAGGAGUUGUUUGCUAAAUGAUUAACUGCCUCAUUGUAUAGAAUUCAAAAAUAAAGUUUGUGAAACCUACCCUAAUUUUGAAAAUAAAAGUCAAAUGUGAAUSAUCA